AAGUCACAUUUCCUGAAUGAAGGUCUGAUCAACAGCUGAGCUGCAGUCGAGACAACUCUCUUUGUUUCUCUCUGAAGAAACAUUCAACUGAAUCCAGGCAGCUUUUUCUCAACAACAGAAGAAUAUCUGCCAAACACCGAGUGCCGAUAUGUCUGCUGCCAGCUGUCUGCUGUCUGAAGAUCAGUUUCUGUGCUCCAUCUGUCUCGAUGUGUUCACUGAUCCAGUCGCCAUACCAUGUGGACACACCUUCUGUAAAACCUGCAUCACUAAACACUGGGAUAUUAAUGUCCAGUGUCAGUGUCCCAACUGUAAAGAGGUGUUUGAUCCAAGACCUCAACUGUGGGUCAAUACUUUCAUCUCUGAGAUGGUUGCUCAGUUCAGACAAUCAGCUCAACAGGAAGCCAGCAGCAGAAGCUCAGAGCAACAUGUGUCCAAACCAGGAGAAGUUCCCUGUGACGUCUGCACUGGAACCAAACUGGAAGCCCUGAAGUCCUGCCUGGUGUGUCUGGCUUCCUACUGUGAGGCUCACCUGGAGCCUCAUCUGACAGCUUCACGUCUGAAAAGACAUCAGCUGGUCGACCCUGUGGAGAACCUGGAAGGCAGGAUGUGUAUGAAGCAUGAGAAACUGCUGGAGCUGUUCUGUAAGACCGACCAGACAUGUAUCUGCAUGCUUUGCACUGUUUUAGACCACAAGACACAUGAUUUUGUUCCUCUGAAAGAAGGAUAUGAAGAAAAGAAGGCCGAGCUGGGGAAGACAGAGGCUGAAAUUCAGCAGAUGAUCCAGAAGAGACAACUGAAGAUUCAGGAGAUCAAACACUCAGUGGAGCUCAGUGAUAAAGAUGCAGACAGAGAGAUAGCAGAAGGUGUUCAGGUCUUCACCGCUCUGAAGGAGUCUGUUGAGAGAAGCCAGGCUGAGCUCAUCGACACGAUCAAAGAGAAGCAGAGAGAGACAAAGGUAAAGGCUGAAUGCUUCAUCAAAGAGCUGGAACAGGAAAUAUCUGAGCUGAAGAAGAGAAGCACUGAGGUGGAGCAGCUCUUACAGUCUGAAGACCACCAACACCUCCUCCAGAGCUUCACCUCCCUGAACGCUGCUCCACCCAUCAAGGACUGGACAGAAGUCAGCGUCCGUCCACCUUCAUAUGAGGGGACUGUGAGGAGAGCUGUGAAUCAAGUGGGGGACACGCUCAGUAAACAGAUGAAGAAGCUGUUUGAAGCCGAGCUGAAGAGGGUCCAGCAGUUUGCAGUGGAUGUGACUCUUGAUCCUAAUACAGCAAAUCCCUAUCUCAUCCUGUCUGACAAUGGAAAACAAGUACAUGAUAGUGAUGUAAAGAAGAAUCUCCCAGACAAUCCGGAGAGAUUUUUUCCACGUGUUAAUGUCUUAGCAAAGCAGAGUUUUUCUUCAGGAAGAUUUUACCACGAGGUUCAGGUUAAAGGGAAGACUGACUGGGCUUUAGGAGUGGCCAGAGAGUCGAUCAACAGGAAGGGAGCAAUCACACUCAGUCCUCAGGAUGGUUACUGGACAAUAUAUUUGAGUAAUCUAAAUGAGUACUACGCUGCUGCUGGCCCUUCAGUCCGUCUCUCUCUGAAGUCUCGGCCUCAGAAGGUGGGGGUGUUUGUGGAUUAUGAGGAGGGUCUGGUCUCCUUUUAUGACGUUGAUGCUGCAGCUCUUAUCUACUCCUUUACUGGCUGCUCCUUCACUGAGAAACUCUACCCAUUCUUCCGUCCUUGUGAUCACAAUGAUGGUAAAAACUCUGCCCCUCUGAUCAUCUGUCCUGUCAAUCACACUGAGUAGGACAACCAUUGGAUUUUCUACAGAAAGAUACACUUUCAUUGAAUGUAAUAAAUCUAUAUUUACCGGUGAUGUACGUGUAUGCAUCGUUG